AUGACUCGACGGUUCUACCGCACAAUUCACCCGUGUCUUCUCGCGCAGCUCGUCGCGUCCUGUCCGGCGUUACAAAGUGUCCACCUGGAACAGUGGCGGCCCGUCGACAUGGACAAUAUGGAAGACGUGGAGCACGGCUAUGUCUCCAUGUUCAGCAGUCCACUGCCAACGACGCUCACGUCCCUCUGUCUCUACCAGGACUCGCAUAUCAGUAUGCACAACCAGCUCGAUUCCCUCCUACUUCGGACACCGUGUCGUAAGAUUGGCCGGCGCCUGGCCCAGGCAUGCCGGACGCUCGAAACGGUGGCCGUCUCAUUUUGGGCAGAAGCCGAUGACUUUUUCAGAGCCACCCAGCAGACACCAAGAACGGGGGACACUUGCAACUGCUCACAAUGCUUCAUCAGCGCUACCGAGAUGCAGGGUCAGGAGUCGAAGCCAAAAGACAACAGCCCCGACGAGCCCGUCGAGCAAUGGCCACGGCUCCGCAACCUUGCAUUGACGUCGUCGACAUUGAUGACCGACUCACUGGAACAAGUCCAUGCACUCCUGCGAUCCGCCGCCCAAGCCGCGGCACGCAUGCCAGCGCUCAAGACGAUGGAAAUAUGGUUUGCAUACGAGAGCUCGUUCCAUGCCUCUCUGUUUCGUUUUCAGCCGCAUCAGUAUGCACCCACGCUGUCAUCCGCCGUGUCGACCAGCCAGUCGGCCAAUUGGCGGCACAUUACUUGCCCCUCUCUGUCCUUCUAUUCGACAUCACCCACGGACAUUGUGCCUUUCCGCGUAGACGAGGUUUUGUCGCCGAGCAUCGUCCAGCUUUUCCAGGGCGUCGUGGACGGGUAUGCAGGCAAGAAAUGCAGCUGGGGCCGCCGCCCCCCGUCCAACCCGUCCAUGCCCCUCACUGUACGUACGGAAACGUGGUCGACGCUUGGCGAAUUCGGCAUUCCACUUGAUGGGCGGACCCAUGCACUGGACAACAUGGUCCUGGCGCCCCAUAUUCUGACGGCCCGCUCACGCAAGGUGAUGCGUUUUGAGCGCCGUGAAGUGCUUGAUAUGAUGUGA